AUGGCCUCUCUCGUAGCCUUAAUCAUUUUCAUAGCUAUUGUCAUAUCGCAAGCUGUUGCAACAACUGAUGAUAACAUCUUGCAGAUAGACGAUUCAAAUGAAAGUCAAGGCAAGAACAUGACAGAGUUAACAAUGCAACAAAUUUCAUUAGCAAUCCCAUAUUUCAGUGACAACGGAGAAAUCAGAAGUAUGAUCAACAACACUACUGCAGACAACACACUGGCCUUAUCCGCACUGAGAUGUUGCCAAGAGCUGCUCCCCCUCGCAAUGGACAACCUCAACAAAUCCCUCUCGACCGAUGUAGCCAAUGACGGACUGAUGUCCUUGAUAUGCUCUGCAGGCACCAAUCUGGAGACAUGCGUAGAAGGAUUUGAGGAUCAACCCCAUGCGAUGUUCGAAUCUGUAUACAACAAACUCAAGUAUCCCAUCGAUCUCAACAGAGGAACGACCAAAAUCAUGGCAAGGGCAGACAGUAAACCUGAUCUUUUGAAAAAAGAUUCCGAGUAUCCGGAUUGGGUGUCUGAUAGGGACAGGAAUCUCCUGGAGGAGGAUUCGAAGAUCAGUGCUAAUGUUGUGGUGGCCAAAGAUGGAUUGGGGAAGUAUAAGACAAUAUCGGAUGCGGUGAAGGGUGCACCAAGUUAUAGCAAGACGAGGUAUGUGAUAUAUGUGAAGAGCGGGGUUUAUAAUGAAAAUGUGAACAUUGGAUCAGAUAAAUGGAAUUUGAUGAUGUUUGGGGAUGGGAUGGACAAAACCAUUGUCACCGGCAACAAGAGCCAUGGAAGUGGAUUCCAGACUAGGGAAACCGCCACCUUUGCCGUACUAGGAGAGGGAUUCAUGGCUCGUGACAUAAAAUUCGUAAACACGGCCGGAGCCAAGAACGAACAAGCAGUGGCCCUUCUCUCCGACUCAGACCGCUCUGUGUUCUACCGGUGCAGCAUGGAGGGCUACCAAGACACCCUCUGCCCUGACUCCAACCGCCAGUUCUACCGCGAGUGCAAAAUCUACGGAACUAUCGACUUCAUCUUUGGCAACGCGGCGGUGGUGAUACAAAAGAGCAGCAUCUUUGUGAGAAAGCCAAUCCCGGGGCAAGAUAAUGCGAUCACAGCGAGUGGCAAAACCGAUGCGCAAUGCCGGACAGGGAUCGUGGUGCAAAGCAGCACGGUGCUAGCAGCGGAGGACUUGACGGGCGUGAAAACCUUCCUGGGGCGGCCGUGGAAGGCGUAUGCGACGCAGGUGUUCCUGCAGAAUAACUUGAAUGAUUUGAUCGAGCCGAGGGGGUGGAGGCCCUUCAACCCUAAUCAGCCCACGCCGGACACGGUUUUCUUAGCGGAGUAUGGAAACAAAGGGAAUAGCGCCAACACUGCGGGUCGGGUCAACUGGAAAGGAGUGAGGGUUAGUCUUAGCUUGGCGGAGGCGGGGGGCUUCACGGUCGCCUCUUUUAUACAAGGGAAUGAGUGGCUGCCUGCAACACAAGUCCCCUUUGAUUUCGGUCUUUGA